CUUGCGAACUCACUGUUAAGAAUAUUCAAUUUGAGAGUAAAACUUGUGAGAGUUUAGGUAGGUGUCUAGCAAACCUUGCAAAUGAACUCAACAAGAGCAUCAAUGGAAGAAGCUGUGCCUGCGCAGACAACACCGACGCAAAUCUCAAACCCUCCAACCGCUGCUCAGUGCCCCCCUCCACAACCUCCACAACCUCCUGCUCCCACUCCUUCCCUUCCUCCUAAGAUCAAGAAGAGACCGCUUGACAGUAGUAGUAUUCAUAUCCAAAACCCCAAAUACUUCAAGAUGCGUGCCGUUCUUAAAGAGCUUCGACCUCAUUUUGUUGAGGUUAUGAGGACCCCUGACUUCCGGAAUUGCAAGGCAGCUCAUGAAAUACAAGAACAGAUGAAGCUUCUGAUGGAACUAUACAAGGUGAUCACCACAGAAACAGUUUCUGUGAGUAAGAACAUACAACAAGAAGGCGAUACCUUGUCAGGUGAAAACCGAGAUGGUCAAAAGCUGCGAGAGCAGCCCCAGGAUCUUAAGCCAACAAUGGAGCAGCCUCAGCAAGACAGGGUAUUUUCAAAACCGUCUGAGAAAAAGAUCCUCUCAGGCAUUGCCUCUGAGAAGCAGCAGGGUGCUGAAGAUGGUCAAAGUCAUGGGAAAUAUGUUGUUGGAGGAUCAGCUUUCGGCUGGAACUUUGUCACUUUUCCAGGCAACGAACCAGUCUAUUAUGGAGUAACCAAAGAUUCAUUUCGAACAAGUAGUUUGGCGAAGAACCCUAAGGAAGAAUUGGGAAUGUUGAGAGAAGUGAAGAAGAUCGAAGGAAUUGAGUUGCUGACUGAAGUGAAGGAGUCUUAGAAGUGGGGAACUCGAGACGACGUCGUGAAGCAUCUGGAAGAAACGCAGCGUUUAACCCAGGAGAAACGCAUCGUUUAGGAAGGAGCAGCUUGCCGUUUAAUGUCUGAGAGUGUAGCUUUGCAAUACUUUUAAGUGUCUUGUCGUUUUACAUAGUUUACUUUGUUGAGGCCUGUGUUAGACGGGGCGUUUUAAUACUGUCAUCUUACAUUAUGUUGCUGUAGGGUACGUUAGUUAAUUCUUAGAGUUUGUUAGGAAAUGCAGAGGACGUGCGUAUAUGAGGAACGUGGAAAGGAGAGGAGCGUAUCGAAUAUUCUGGGCUGUCCGUAGGAAUUUCUGUAGUUGAAUUCCUUGUAUGGAGGUUGGUCCUCCCUCGAAGAAGGACCUCUAUCAAUGAAAUUGUGGC